CUCGUUUUCCGGACCUAUGUUUCAUCUUCCAAGGUGUUCCGUCACCCCCUUUACGCACAGGUGAAGAUAAAACGUGAAUUGAGAGUUUCCAUUUUUGAGAAGCGUUUCUUCUGCUUGCCCCCUUGACAUAGACAUCAGCUUCCAUCAUUUCCACCUUCAACAUCAAACGGAAGCAAGCUCGAUAACUCCAUCCAGACAACCACGACCUCCAAAACAACAUCCAACGAACAGACAAAAUGCCCAUCCCGUCACCAGACCAGCUCACCACUUUCUCCUCCCUCCCCCUUUCGGUGGACUCCCCAUCACCUGUUCCCGACCAGGAGAAAGACAAGAAAGACACCUAUCUCCUAGCAACAAUAAAGUCCAACCUCACCAUCACCAAGCCGACCCUCAUCCUCACCGACUCCAGCAACCAAGACUUUGCUCUCGUCUUCGACCCCCCUCCCUUCACCGUGCGUAACCCCAACGCCGUGGCCGAGAAGUUCAAAGAGCUCGGCCUCAAGAAGGGAAACGCGGUGGUGAUUAGAAAUGCAAGGAGGACCAAAGCGGAGAGGGAAGGAGGGCAGGGGUUUGUUGUUUUGAGUUCACUGGGUGCUUUGGCAGAGGCAGAAGCAGGAGCAGAUGAUGGGAAGAAGGAGAAGGGAAAUGAGGGUGAUAGAGAGAGUGGCGGUAAACUCUUGGGGGUGGUGCCAGGGCCAUUACAGAUGACGAAAUGGAUGAUGGAAAUCCUAAGGCAGAGGGAUGAGAGUAGUCCGCCUGAGGAAAGAGAGGAGAAGAUGUGCGAUGGGAAGUUUGAUGGGUGUUUGACUCCCAGGGGGAAGGAUCGCAAGGACGGCGGGGGUUUGGAGGCGUUGAAGAGGUGUCAGGGGUGUGUGGAGGUUUGGUAUUGUUCCAAGGAGUGCCAAAAGAGAAGGUGGAUUGCGCAUAAAGAUGAGUGUAAGGCUAUCAAGGCUUUGAGACGGAUUUGGCCUAGGCCUGAGGGGGUGGAGUGA